AUGGGCGCCCUGUGGCCGGCGUCCGGUCCGUGGGCUGCCUCGGUCGCGAUCGCUUGGCUCACGCAGUGCCCCGCUUGCCCAGAGGCGCGGGUCACGUGCGGGAGCUGCCCCGCGUGCCCGCCGUCGCCGGCGGUCACUUGCGGGUCCUGCCCUGGCUGUCUUGACUGCCCGACCUGCAGCCUGGCCUGCGGUGCGGGCCCGGGCUGGUGGGGGGUGGGCGCCGCCCUGGCCGCCGGCCUGCUGCUCGGCUUCGGUGGCGUCGGGCUGCUGCGGGCUGCUGUCUGGUUCGCCGCGCGAGCGGCGGGGCUCGUCACCGCCCGCGCCGAGGGCAGCUCGACCGUCACGCUGGUGGUCGACGAUUCGGAGGCGACCGACGUCCCGAUUGGGGGGGUGCUCGUGCUCGACCUCAGCGAGCACCUGGUCGUCGCGCUGCGCCGCGCGUCGGCCUUCCAUGCCAAGGACAUCGAGGCGCUCUGGGUGGACGCGCGUGGGCUCGCCAUCGUGAUGGGCGUGAGCGCCCCCGCGGCUCCGCCCGGGGCUACCGCGCCGCGGUGGAUCGUCUCGGACCCAGGCUCUCCCGACUUCGGCAAAGAGCUCGACCUACAGAUGUCGGGCAAUCCAGAGCGGUUGGUGUAUCGCGACGCCGUCGGCAUUGCGAUGGUCAGCGAGGAGGAGGGAUGUGUCUUGGUGGAGAACGUCCAGGAGGCCGACGAGGAGGACUGGCGCGCAGAGAAGGGGCGGGGGCCGGGACGGGAUCCUCGCAUCUCGCCGCUCUCGCGACGCGGGCCAGGCCAUCAGGCCAUGCUCUCGGACGCGCUAGGCAGGAAGAGCUCACUCGAGAUCUCCGACUGGACUUCCCACGGGCCGAAGGCCCUCCCCGAGCUGCCGUUUGCGGUGGUGGCGAUCGGGCUCACGCUCACGUCGUACUGGGGGUUCUGGGUCUCGGAGUUGGGUGUCUCGCGGAACGCGGGCGUCUCGCAGGAGAUGCGGCACCUCCUGAAUGUGCUGCGCCAUGCCGUGACCUUCGACCUUUCGGACACAUCGAAGCUGGCUUCGUUCGAGUUGGUGGGGCGCCGUGUGCUUCAGAUUCAGCGCGCGGUGAAGCGGUGCCCCCGUCACCUGAGCCUCGAGGGCCUGGACCUGAUGUUGCGCAGCUCCUUGGACGAGAGCGGCAGGGUGGUGACCUCGAAGUUCGAUGCCUUCGUGGCCGAGGAGCAGCGUGCCCAGGGGGUCAUUCUCAAGCAGGGGCGGCUGUGCCGCGAGGAGCAGGAAUCGGAUGCGAAAAAGUACGACAGCUUGGGCGACGAUCGGAGGCCCCCGAAGCUGGGCCCGAAGGCCAAGGCGAAGCCGAAUGGCCAGGGGUCUGGGAAGGAUCAGGCCGCGGGAGCGCUCAGUGCUCUGGUGGCCGCGCGGGCCGGGGGGCGUCUCGACCCUCGAGCGGCCUGCGAGCAGAGGCCGUCGACCGCUCAGGAGUCGGUCAUGAAGUGGGUCCGACGUCGCGUCCGCGGCUUCGGCGAGCGCCCGAAGGACUCAACUGGAGCCCUGCAGGAGCUCUGGAAGUACAGGGUGCUCGACCGCUUCGACUCGGACGUGGCGCGGCCCGUCGCCGCCAUUCCUGAGGAGGAGGACAUGGUCGAGCCGUGCUUCUCGGCCCUGCGGCUGGGGCUCAGCGUGCUCGGUGCCUGCCGCGCUUUCAUCGGCGACGGCGAGCUGGCGCCUGUAGCCCGACUGCCUCCAGAUGUGCUUGGGGAGCUCGCUGCGGCAGCGGGCCUCGUCCUCUUGGGGGCGGUCGACCCCUGCUGCGUGCCGUCUGACGUCGCCUUCACCACCGACAGCUCGCCACGGGGCCACGCGGCGCGCGAGGCGAGGCUGGGGCCUUGGGAGGUGCUGGCGACCACCCGGUUGCACCCGGCGACGAGCUCUACGGGCCGGGCCGCUGGCUUCACCGACCCGUCGGAGCCGCUGCCGCUGCGGGCCCCGCCGAAGCCGCGCCGCGCCGUGGCGAAGCGGCGGCGAGUGGGGCUGGAAAUCGGGGUGCCGCCCGAGCCGCUGGCGGACGCGCUGCUGGACCCUGGCCGCUGGGCCGAGCGGCGGGGGGGUGCCUGGUGGCGCCCGGGGCGGAUCCCCGCCCUUGAGGCCCGCGCCGCGUUCGCGCCGCAUUGGAGGGCCGCCGCCGACGUGGCCUUCCACGGCAAGGAGAUUCUAAGCCUAUGUGGCAACCUGUCGUCGGCCCUCGCCUUUGAGAUGGGUGUCGCCACCAACUCUGAGUUGCCGGCGCAGUGCAGACGCGCUGCGGCGGUGCGCCUCGGGCGCGAGAUUCGCUGGCGCCCCGGGAUCGGAGUCAGCCAGUUCGAGAUAUUCAGGCUCGGGUCGACGACGAGCUACAUGGUGGGCAUCGCAGAGCACGCGAUAACGGGCUACCCAGAUGUUGCCGAUGCGACGGGGUUCAAGGGGGCCUUGGAGGCUAUGCACUUUCAGGAGAUCCCAGAGGCCUUCUUGGUAAAGUUCUUCAACCACCUGUGGGUCCUCGACAGUGCCCCCUCGGGCGUCUGGGGCAGAGUGGCGGUCUACAUGGAGGGCCCGCAGAAGGUCCUGUACCACGCGGGGUUCUUGGGCAUCAUCAUGGCCCCUUUGAGGGCCGCGGGAGUGUCUCAGGGCCUUCAGGGUUUCGACCGCCUCGCAAGCGCUCUUGGAGUUCUUUUUGCGGGGGCUUCUCACCUUACUGGGGCGCUCCACGAGCGUGGCUCUCGGGUUAUGGCUCCUAUGGGCUACAAGUUCGGGCCCCGCUGUGACCUCGCAAACCGCGGAGUUCAGCUUCCGGUGCUGCACUGGCUCAAGUCUGGCGAGCUCUGGUGGGUCCAUCUGGGUCUGCCCUUCACGCGGCGGGCCCCCGUCGGCGGGGGUCGAGGGCCUCUGCCAGCGGACAAGACAUUGGUGGCCUUGUCCGUGCGCGUCAUCUGGCUGUGUCGUUCGCUGUGCGUCUACGUGUCGUUCGAGAACCCUCCCGCCAGCCGAGCGUGGCGCUGGCCGGCGCUGGAGCGCAUUGCUUGGCCGAGGGUGUGCCCCGACGCCCCGCGGGGCGCUUUUGGCCGCGCGACUCGGGAUGACCUCCAGGUCAGGGCCCACGCGCUGGCGAGCCCGGCAGGCCAAGCGGCUGCGCGGCGCCGCUGGAUCGGCUUCGGGCCCCGGGGCGGGCUGCCCUUGCUGCUGCCGCGGGCGCCGGCCGUGCUGCUGCACAGGCGCGACGCUCGUCGAGCUGGCGACCGCGGGCGGCCGGCGCGAGUGACGCUGCAGACGCGCCCGCUGCUGCGAGGUGUGCCCGCGCCGGCCGCGGCCUCCGCGGCCGGCGCGACGCGGCGCCGGGCGAUUACCUGCGCCUGGCGAGCCUGCGGCCUGCCGCGCUCGUCAAGCUACCUGCGCCUGGCGAGCGUGUCCAGCUGCCGCCCCGCUGUCGUCGAGCUCGCCGAGUAUGCCGAGCGACAGCUGUUGCUCGACGCGCCCGAAUCGUCCCACGAGACUCUCAACCUUUACUUCGAAGAUCUGUUCUUCGCGGGUGAGCCGCAGCGCGUGGGAGGGAUGGCGCUCUGCGGCCACGGGGCCCUGAGCAACGUCGUGGAGGUCCACACACCCGACAGCACCCCGCCGGUGAUCGAGAUCGUGGGCAUGCUGGCGGGGGACCAGACCAUUGACGUGAACGUGAGCCUCCGCGACCCAGGCUCGGCGUACCCGGCGGAGGUGAGCUGCGGUGUGACCAUCGACGGCACGACCCCUCCCGACCACGAGCAGUACUUCAUUCACCGCUACUGGCGUAUGAGGCUGACCGAGCCCGCGGCCGCGUCCGUCCGCGCGGCGCUCGACCUCGCCAACGCCACGGUGGCGCACAGCAACCUGGGCGCCGCGGGCCCCGACGUGGCGUCGCCGCCGUCGCUGAGAUUCUCUGGCGUUGGCGCGACGUACGACGGCAAGAAGGUCGAUUUGGUGGUCGAGGCAACCAGCGCGUACGCGUCCGAGGACACGGCGUUCAACGGCCUUAGCGAGGGCAGCAUGGGCAGCAUCAACUUGGCCGAGUGCAACAGCGUUGACCUGACCUUCACGCUGCUCGACGCCGACAGCGGCGACCCUGCCGCGGUCGGCUCCUUUGACGUCUGGUUCCUGGACAUCGACACAGAAGGAGUGCUGGCGAUGGCUCCAACCCCUGACCGUCUCGCCACCGGCGGACCCGAGACGGCCACGCUGCCCAGCCACCACAACGCUGGCAUUGACGGAGUGGCUGUGGGCAUCGCCUGA